UUCACUCCAGCGCCGGCGCGUCAUCCUCACUUCACAUCGACGGAGCGAGUUGUAAGCAAAUGAGAACAUGUGUGGGAUCAGAGAGAGGGAGGAUAUAGAAGAGGAGAGCAAGAGAGAGGAGGUGUGAUUUUAAAAAAGAGGGACAGACAGAGAGAGAGAGAGAGAGAGAGAGAGAGGGGAGAAAAGAACCCAGAUUAUUGUCAUUCCCAGAUUUGAUUCACUGGACUAUUUCUUUUUUCUUUACAUUUUCUUUUUUUUCCCCCCAGACUGGGAAUUUAUGGGUUGGUCACAUGCGCGCGCCUCUCCAUUAUAAUUGCAGACAGUUGGGUGCUGUUCAGGCUGAAUGGACUUGAAUGUGCCGCUGCCAGCGUAAAUCCGCGCACACUGGAAGAUUGAAUAAUUCACGGUAAUAACGUAUUAUCGCCUCAGUGGCUGCUGUCUUUACGCAGCCUUGCUGAUUUUUUCCUCCUCCUCCUCUUCCUCAUCUCCCCCCCCCCCAUUUUCCCCCUGUUGUUGUCUCCUGGAGGAUUUAUCGACGGCUUCCCUGCAAAUAUGCUCCUUAUCUGAAAUAUCAUCUGUUGCUGAGAGUGAAUUGAAUUGAGGCGCCCCCAUGACUGGCUCUGAGACUGUGCAUGUGUGGCGCGGACGUGGACUGUGAAAUAAGAAAUCAUCAUUGAUAUUUGAUCUUUUUUUUUUUCUUUAAAAUGGAGGAAAAAUUAUUAUUACUUUUACUACUUCUCUUAUCUCUCCACGGGAAGCUGUGAUUUAUUUUCUUUUUUGAAUCCAUCAUGAUCUGUUGAACAUCCUCUCAUUGAUUCGGACUGCACAUUAAUAUAAAGAAGCUUUAUCACAAGACAUUUUCAACGUGAAGUGACAUUUAAGGGCAGUGAAGCAGCGGGAUCGUGGAGGUAUUUCCCCUCUUUUUUGCUUUAUCUCCAACUAAAUGCUGAUGAUGGAGGACGACGAACUGGACGCUCAUCAGGUUGAUUCGGAUUUCGAGCCGCAGAGCCGGCCUCGCUCGUGCACCUGGCCGCUGCCGUGCCCGGAGGAUUUCCCCGGUGGACACGAGGUCAGCGGGGGUCUCCCGGUGGCCAACAUCAAGGUGGAACCGGAGGACGUCCCGGCGUGCAGAGCGGCGGGGCUCAUGGGCGGAACGCCGGGAGAGAUGAAGCAUCCAGCCGGCGCCCCGGCACCCACGGGCGCGACGCACUCAUGCCUGGCUGGCGCGGCGGUCCUCGACGCAACCGGACCGCUGCGCAAAGCCAAAUCCUCGCGGCGGAACGCGUGGGGGAACCUGUCGUACGCGGAUCUCAUUACCCGCGCCAUUGAGAGCACACCGGAGAAGAGACUGACGCUGUCACAGAUUUACGACUGGAUGGUCCGUUAUGUGCCCUAUUUCAAGGAUAAGGGCGACAGUAAUAGCUCAGCUGGCUGGAAGAACUCCAUCCGGCACAACCUGUCACUCCACACACGCUUCAUCCGAGUGCAGAACGAGGGGACUGGCAAGAGUUCCUGGUGGAUGUUGAACCCAGAUGGAGGGAAGAUGGGCAAGUCCCCACGCCGACGAGCAGUCUCCAUGGACAACAGCACCAAAUACCUGAAAAGCAAAGACCGCGUUAGAGGCAAGAGGGUCGGCCGUCCUGGAAUAGGAGCAGGAUCUGCUGUGGUGGGCCUCCAGGGUUCUCCUGACCAUGGCAGCUCACCACAGAAAGGCCUCCCAGGGGUCGGAGGUGCAACUGGGACAGAUGGAGAGUUCGAUGCCUGGACAGACCUCCAUUCCAGGGCUAGUUCUUCAGCCUCCACCCUGAGUGGGCGUCUGUCACCCAUCCUCGCAGAAGAAGAACCUGAGGAACCAGAGGAGGGUGGCCUGUCCAGUUCCACGUCCCCCCACCUGUACCAAUCACCAACCAGUGCCCGCUCUCCAUCCAUGGGGACAGGAAAUCGCUGUCCUCCCCUUGAGCAGCUGCCUCAGCUGGCUAGCCUGGCAGGUGCUAUCAGUCUGGAUGAGCAGUUGAUGGAGGACAGUUACCAUCACCAUCACCCACAGCAGCAGCAGCAGCAACAUCAGCAGCAGCAGCAGCAGCAUCCAGCUGUUGGCAGACACAAGCACCAAACCCCUAUUUUCCACUACAGCUCUGGAGUGAAGGGGCAGAGCACUUAUGGUGCAGGUGUUUAUGGAACAUCAGGUGUGGGGAUGCUGCACCACCACUCACCCAUGCAGACCAUUCAGGAGAACAAGCCAGCUAGUUUUUCUGGAACCAUGCGGGCGUACUCUAGUACCAAUGCCCUGCAGAGUCUGCUGACAGGGGGUCCAGCUGGGCAGCAAUACUGCUCCAAGGACAUGAUGUUGGGACAGGAGAGGGAAAGCCAUCCUCUAAUUGGUCAACCUAGUAAUGGAGUAGGCUCAAACCAUCACAGCCACCACCCCGGUCACCACAAUGGCCACAGCCACAGCAGACCUAUUAGUCACAACUCAGCUCAUAGCCAUAACAGAACUCACAGCCAUACACCCAGUCAUAAUCACAAUAGCGUAACCAACCGCAACCACAACUCACCUCACAGCCUCGCUCACAACAGUCACAACCUCAACCAAAGCCAUAGCCACACGCCCCCCCGCGCAGUGGCCCUGGCCCCACGUGGCAACAACAAUCAACUGCAGACCUACAACCACAAAGCUCCCUAUUUGUACAGCCCGCCAUCGCACGCCCACCUCCCUGCUUCCACCACCCUCCCCCCAAACCCAGCAGGUAUGCUUGGCAUGCCCCAGGACUCCUGCCAUGUUGCCACCGCACCACACCCACACCCUCGCCACAGCCAUUUUCCUGACCCACAACACCAUGGCGUGACUAAUGGACCUUACCACCAUGGCCAAGUGAUGGGUAAUGGUAGCAUUGGUAGCAACAACCACAGCUAUCACCAAGCUCACACCCAUGAGAGACUACCAGCCGACUUGGACAUUGACAUGUUCCAUGGUAGCUUGGACUGCGACGUGGAGUCCAUCCUCCUCCAUGACAUUAUGGACUCUGGGGAGGAGAUGGACUUUAACUUUGACUGCUCACUAGCCCAGGGUGUGGGCAUUGGAAUGGGUAUGGGCAUGGGUGUGACCAUGGGCAUGGGGAUGGGAAUGAGCAGCCUGGCCAGUCCGCAGCAAGCCCACAGCAACCAGAGCUGGGUUCCUGGCUGAAACCCGGGGCAGCAAAGACACCCACCCCACCCAUGAAGCACUGUGCUCAACUGUGACACUCCUGACUUGACACAGAGACUAAUUUACGACCAACACGCCCAUCUCUCUUUGUUGUCUUGACAGUUCGUCUGUAACCCCUCCCCUCCUAUUUUUAUCCCCCUCCCCUCCGAGAGAUCUAGUUCAUGUCACAUUAGGUUUUUCCUUGUACUAGCUAUACUGUGAUGACAAUCUUUCAGCUGUGAUUGCCCAACAUCACUUCUCAUCUACCAUGAGAACUGAACUCUCAAUGCACUUUAUUGCAAGUGGGUCACAUCUCACAGUGCAACACGUUCGCAGAGCAGCUCAGGCAGAGCCCGACAUGUUUUGUAAGGUGGCUGCAGGACUUGAUUUGAUCGCAACAAAUGUGAAAAAAAAAAAAAGAUCUUGGCAUUGAAUUAAAAUUUGACUCCUUUAUUCUGUCAUUGUCAGUGGUGAGGACGUUCCUUUUUAUUUUCAUUUUUAGUUAAACCAUUUCCUUCUCCACACAUCUCACCUGAGGCAAAUUUAUAAUACAGGUUUAUAUACUGUUGGGAAAUGUAUUUAUUAUUUUUUUUAAUGUGGUUGUAUGAGGUACUGACAUAGUAUGCUCCCCUGUGCCACGAAGCAGCCUGAGACAAACGCUUGCACUCGCUGAUGACUCACAGAAACUGAUUUUAGUCACAUAAAAACGGCACAUCUAAUUUAAGUUUGUUGUUUGUCGCUUUUUCGUUCUGCCAAUUAAGUUUGUAUACUGCUCACUCUCUCGCACCAAAUUCCAUAGAGAAAAUCAGUGUCUUUAGCUUGAGAGGACUUGCUAGCUGCUCGUCUACUGCUCCGUAGUUUGGUAAAAAUCCAAAUGAAAGAUUUCAAAUGCUGAAGUCACAUAAGUAACACAUUUGAACUAACUGAUGGAGGCAGCAGUGUAUCAGUAAGUCCUGUGUG